CCCCCUCCCCUCCUCGUUUUCUACUCCCCCUACCCACCUCACACACUCAUCAAAACCCUCAUUUCUCCUCUCUAAAACCCCCCUUCCAUUUUGAUUUCUACGAUCCGAUUCGAUUUCACACUACCCAUGGCCGCUCGUGCUCCCCCCAGCCGUGACGCCGCGGCGACUCCUCCUGCCGCGCCGCCCUCGAAUGGCCAGAUCCUACACCACCAGCCGCCGUCGAUCAGGCGCCAUCUCCCGUUCUCCUCCAUGAAUCCGCCCUUCGCUUCUCCCCACGACUACCACCGCUUCUCAACCCCGGCCCGCUCCGCCGAUCACCUCUCUGAAGCUCUAGUUAUCAAGUCUCCUCCUUUGAAGCGGAAGAAUGUGUAUCAAAAUAAUGAAGUUGAGUCCAGUGAGUGGGCAGCAAGUACAGUGCAUAGGGAUAUCACUAAUAACCCACUCCGUACACCAGUGUCUACUAAAGGGGGAAGGCCUAAUUGCCGGUCAAAGGCCGGUAAGAACAAUAGAGCCUUGCCUUCCACCCCCAUAUCUAAUGCUGAUGCUCCUUCCCCUUUCACGCCUGCUGGCUGCCGCUUUGAUAGCUCCCUGAGUCUAUUGACUAAGAAAUUUAUCGCUUUGAUAAAGCAUGCAGAGGAUGGUGAACUCGAUCUAAACAAGGCAGCAGACACUUUGCAGGUCCAGAAGAGACGUAUAUAUGACAUAACCAAUGUCCUUGAAGGGAUUGGCCUUAUUGAAAAGAAGCUGAAAAACAGAAUACAUUGGAAGGGUCUCGAUUCUUCAAGACCUGGAGAAGUGGACAAGGAUGGUACUCUUCUGCAUGCAGAAAUUGAGAACCUUUCAAUGGAAGAAAGAAGUUUGGACGACCGAAUACGGCAAAUGCAGGAAAGGUUGGGAGAUUUGAUUGAAGAUGAACAUAAUCAGAGAUGGCUUUUUGUGACUGAAGAUGACAUAAAAAGCUUACCUUGCUUCCAGAAUGAAACCUUGAUAGCAAUCAAAGCACCCCACGGGACCACCCUUGAAGUCCCAGAUCCUGAUGAGGCUGUUGAUUAUCCACAAAGGAGAUAUAGAAUUAUUCUUAGAAGUGCAAUGGGUGCUAUUGAUGUUUACCUUGUGAGCCAAUUUGAGGAAAAGUUUGAAGAGGUGAAUGGAGUUGGAGAUUCGACAAAUUUCCCUGUUGCCUCAAGUUCAGAGGCACAUGAGAACAUAGCAGUGGAGAGAUCAUCCAUGUCACAUGGUUCACCACAGGUUGAAACUCAGGCGCAAGAUAGCCAUGAUCUUAACACUGUGUAUGAUUCACAUCAAGAAUUUGCUGGAGGAAUGACUAAGAUUAUCCCCUCAAAUAUUGAUAACGAUGCAGACUAUUGGCUUUUAUCAGAUGCAGCAGGCAUCAGCAUGACAGACUUGUGGAAGACGGAUUCUGGCGUGGAGUGGAAUGAUGUAAACAUGCUGCACGAUGAGUUGGAAAUAGCUGCUAUUAGCACACCAAGAGCACAUAUUCCUUCAUCUAUUGAUAUUGAUGUACACCCUGUUAAUAAUGAUGUCCAACCUAGGUGAUUCACUACAAUUUGUGAGGGCGUGUGAGAAGACUCCCACCCAAUUCAGAUGGUAAAACACGUCAUUGCCUGCUGCAUUGUGAUGCUCAUCUCUAGUUAUACUUGAAGGCAUUUCAUGCUUUUGGCAAUGGACUUAAUGAAUUGUAGAAGAGGCCGUGCAAGAGAAAAUUAAGAUGGGAGAGCACUGGGAACUAAGUGGCUCUCUAAUACACCGUUGGAGAAUCUCCAGACCUCCACAGGUGAAUAACCAAUCAAUUUUGCCAUUUUCAUGAGAUUUAGUAAAUUGUCUGAGGUGAGGCUAGGGUGUAACAUGAGCUAAUUUAAGAAUAUAGAACUGGGUCUGGAUUAUUUACUUGCGUGUCUUGAUCUCUUGAUUCAAUUUGACAAUGCAUUGGAAGAAAGAAAAAUGUAUGAUUGUAUACCUUGUUACGAACUGAAUUGAUUUCGAUAUUUAUGAA